ACAAGUUAAGGAAGAGACAAGCAAAGGACGAGACAAGCGUGGAUGCUUUGCAGAUUCGCUGCAAUGGCUACUAGUCCUUCUUCCACUUUCCCUCAUCUUUAGAAGUCUAAACAUCAGAUCUAUGACAAGAGGAGCAGGUGAAAAGACAGUGGCAUGGAGAUACUUUUACAGAGAUGUUGUGCCGUUCAUAGCAAUGGUCGCGGUGGAGUGUGUCACUGUUGGAUCUAACACACUGUUCAAGGCUGCGACCUUAAGAGGACUGAGCUUUUAUGUCUUUGUCUUCUACACUUAUGUUUUUGCUACACUUGUUCUUCUUCCACUUUCCCUCAUUUUUGGAAGGUCAAGAAGAUUACCUUCAGCCAAAUCUCCUGUCUUCUUCAAGAUUUUCUUGCUUGCGCUUCUCGGGUUCAUGUCACUGAUAGCUGGCUCCAAAGGAAUAGAAUAUAGUUCUCCUACUCUUGCCUCUGCUAUCAGCAACCUCACGCCAGCUUUCACAUUCACGCUCGCCAUUGUCUUCAGGAUGGAGAAAGUAGUGUUAAGGAGCUCUGCGACUCAGGCUAAAAUCAUUGGCACCAUAGUAUCUAUAUCAGGUGCUCUGGUUAUUGUUCUUUAUAAAGGCCCAAAAGUUCUACCUGCUGCCUCUUCAUCAUCUACCAUAUCGCUUUACCAGCAUUUGACUUUCUCUGAGUCAAGUUGGAUAAUUGGAGGCAUAUUAGUUGCUGCACAGUAUUUGCUUGUUUCAAUCUGGUUGGUUCUUCAGACUCGGAUCAUGGAAGUAUACCCUGAAGAAAUAAAUGUGAUAUUCUUAUAUAACUUAUUUGCAAUGCUAAUCUCAGCACCUGUAUGUCUAUUUGCGGAAAAAGACUUGACUUCUUUUCUGCUUAAACCGGAUAUCUCCCUCGCUGCAGUCAUGUACUCGGGUGGGUUAGUUUCAGCAUUGGGCUCAGUUAUACACACAUGGGGUCUCCAUCUCAAGGGUCCAGUGUAUAUAUCCUUGUUCAAGCCCUUGUCUAUUGUUAUUGCGGUCAUCAUGGGUGCUAUGUUCCUGGGCGAUCCACUUCACUUGGGGAGUGUCAUCGGAUCAUUGAUAUUGAGUUUUGGAUUCUACACUGUGAUUUGGGGCAAAGCAAGAGAGGAUUCAAACAAAACUGUGGCUGGUUCUGAUCAGUCACCUUUGUUGCUUACACACAUGGGAGAAGGUGAAGCCUCAUCAUUAAUACGUGACUGAUGCAAGUGGAAUACUUCUAUUUAUAUGGAGCAAUUAGGAGAUUAUGACGCUCUCUAUUAAUGUUAAAUGUAUAGAUAUGUUUUACAUACAAUCCUGUUCUAUUUCAUUCUGUAGUAAUUCAAGGUUAAAUAAGAAUGAUUUUUUUU